AUGAUGGUCGGGACGGAAGACUUGACUAGGAAAGUAAAAUAUGAAAACUUGCGUACAAAUACAAAAGACAAAUCACAAAUUAUUACAGAAGAAUGUCACUAUGCUAACGCCAGUGACUACAGUCAAUUAGCAGGAAAACCAUCUUCCAAAUGUAGUCAAUUUAAAGUUAAUUUAUUUAACAAUAAUCAACAAAAAGAAGGUAAUAUACCUAAUGGUCACUUGUUACCUGCAGCUGAUGACAAUGAGGAUGAUAUAAAUAAUAAUAAUGAUGAUAAUUCAAAAGCAAAACAAUAUUCUAUAAUAAAAACACAUUCAAAGUAUUCUACUGAAACUUACUCACACUUACAUACCCUACAACGAUUAUCAACUUUAAGUUGCCUUAAUUCUGAAAUAAUUCAAUUAGUUAUGCCAAGUGUAUUUGAACUACUCCAAAUAGAUGAGUUACGCUCAAAUCAAGAAUUGUUUGAAAGAUUAAAGACUAUACAUUCAUGUAUGCAAGAGGUGAUCUCUUCCAACAAUCCAAAACAUAUGCUACUUUUAAGUAUGAAUGAUCGUCAAACUAUUUAUGAUUGUUUACUAGCUAUUAGUCUAGUUGACAAAGAAGCAUUUCAAAAAUCUGCCUUAGCUGUAUGGCCGAAUUCAAAAUUGACUGAAACACUGAACACACUUCAGUAUGCACGAGAUAAUUUAUUUCUAUCCAUUCCAGAAAAUCAUACUGUUAAUGUGAAUAACAAUAAUAAUAGUUAUGGUAUUAUAAUUAAACCCCAAGAAUUUAAUCAAAUCAAAAGAACAUUAUUAGAAAUAAUUAAAAAAGAUGAAAAAAUGUCAUUUUCCCAGUACAAACAAUAUAUGUCUGAUAGCAUUGAAGAAGCUAUUAAUUCCUUAGAACAAAUAGAUCCGACGAUUUCAUUUCAACGAAAUUCCCAAGUAAAUUUAGACAUUAUUCAACAUUUAGACAACAUAAUAAGUUUAAAUCAUGGAUUAAUUGUUAAUCAUGGAAUUGAAGCUGUCAGACAAAGUGUUCAAAGUGAAAUUCAAAGUGAUCAGUGUGUGUUAAAAAGGCAAGCUGCUAUUGAUAUUGUUACUGCUUUAAAACUCGUUGAAGAUGAAUAUGAUAAUUCUGUUACAACUGCCAUGACUAGUGAUAAUAACACUCAAAAUACACCAAACAUUGACCACUUAAAGUGUAUUCAUAGAUGUAUUAUGAAACAGUUAUCAGAAAAGGAAACAGAUAAUUUUAUAAAUCAAAAUAUUAUUUGUCAAUCCAGUGAUAUAACUUUACUCAAAAAAGCUUUUACAAAUUAUCUAAUUAAAAUAAAUUGUUGCUUAAAAGCAUUCCAACAGAAAGAGUCUCUUGUGUUUGAAAACAUAGGUCCUAGAAUUUCUCAAAUAACUUAUGAGAACACACCUACGAGAUUUCAACAUAUUCUCACUCCGAUCAGUGAACAUUGUACUCCAGAAACUAGUUUAUAUGAAACAGACACAAUUUCCAAUGAUUCUAUUGUUAAAAGUAACCUGAUCUUUAAAAAACAACAUCUAAAUAACAUUUUAAAUGAAAUGAAUCAUAACAUAACUGUUUGCUCAAAAGAAGAAAAUAAAGGAAUAUUGGUCAGUUGUAACACCACAUUAAGAAAUAUUUCAGAAUCUAUGAGAAGUGAGCUUCCAGAUUUAUCUACCUAUAUUGAUGAAACUCAGAGUAAACAUGAUGACAGUUGUACAGUAUCUGAUCUGAAUGCAUCAUAUAUCACUGUAUCAAAUCAAUUUGAAUCGGAAAGGAAUUUCUUUGUUGACUCUUCUGUGAUAGCACCGAUUGUCAGUUAUUUGAAAUCGAAAUUGCUUGAAAAUACAGGGAAUAAUUUUAUUAUGGUUGACGAUAGUUAUUCUCCUCGUACAUUAAAGGAUGUUAAACAAGUUAGUAAUUAUUUAGUCCAAUGCCUGAAUGCGAAUUCUGAAAAACCUGUCAAGCUAACUAGUGCAUAUAUAGAUCUUUUAAAUAGAUUAUUCAGUGCAGAUCAGUCAACUUACAGUUGUAUUUUGAAAAAGCAAUUAGACUCAUGUAUAAACUUAAAAGAGACAAGUAACUCAGAUUUUGCAUCAGAAAACUUGUCAGUGGUAAAUGAAGAACUAUCUUCUCUAAUUAACAAUAUAACAGAGAAUGAAGACAUCAUAACGAAUAAAGCAUUCGUUGAAAAACUGUGCUCAGCUGUGACCAAGUAUCGUUUACCCAUUUUACCAGAAAAAUAUCCAUGUUUAUCGAAUAUUAUCAGUAAUCCAAAUCAUAUAAAGCUGAUUUUAAACAGCUCUCCAUUGUUUAAACCACAGUUAAGUGAUGAACUAAAACAAUUUCUGGAAGUACUACAAAUUGAAUUGCAGUCAGAAAAUAUUGUAUAUAAUGACAGUUUAGUCAAACAACCAUUCCAUUUUCCGAUAACCACCAAUUCUCUGUCGGAAAAAUCAAAUGAUGAAAGCCUUUCAUCGAGACCAACAAUGUUUAUUCAAACUAUGAUAUCACUAUAUAUUUUAGAUUUGUUUUGUUCCUUACCUGAUGAAAUAAAUAAGUUGAUUUACCUUUUAAGUAUACGUCAAAAUUUUCAGUCAUUAGUUGAUUUUUGUGAAUCACCAUCCAUGCAUUGUUCACCCAUCUGUAUGAAAUUAAAAUCAUUAUUAAACUUAAGCAUAUUAUCUCAUCAAAAUGAACUGCCUGAUAAAACUGUUGCAGGUGAUACCAAUGGUAGUGUCAGUGUAACUCAAAUGUUUAACAAUAUGUUACCAUCAAUUCAAGUUACUGUGAACGCAACUAAAACUAGUAAAACAUAUCAAAAUCAAUUUCAUAAUCUUCUAAUUCAAACAAGAAACAAGGUUAUCAAUAAAAGGUAUUACUUUGUCAAUGGAGAAACGGAUGAUAUAACAUGUGGGAUUCUCAUAACUUUGACUUCUGUAUUCAUUACAGGUCUCGAAACUAUGAGUCCAUAUGAAAUUGCUAAAAUAAUCGGAAAAUUCACUGAAUUUUAUCAUGCUCUUAUCAAUUCGAAAUUCGCAAAGAUAUCAGAGGAUACUUCCACGUCAGUAGUCUCUUUUCUAUCAAGUGGAUUAUGCAAUGACUCACUUUCUAAAUAUCAUUAUCGACGUGACCAAAUGAAUCUGACAGAUUUAAAUCGUUCUAUUUAUCGGGCUGCAUCUGACUGCCUUUCUGAGUUGUCUAUGUACGAAAGGAUGGCAUUUCUCAAUCCACUUGUGCUACUUGGUAUUUUGCUUUCACAAAGACGUCUACAUUACAAUUUAAUAGACUUAACGUCAACAGAAGCAAAUAUACUCAUCAGUAUACUUCUGCUUUUCCGAUCAAAAUUUUAUAUUAACCUCCAAACUACCUUAACAAAUAUUACAAAAAAACUGAUGAAAGCAAUUCAGAACACCAGUCCAACACUUUUACCUUACAAACUCAAUUACAUUUCACUAGGAUUUUCACCACAUUUUACGUCAGUACCUGAUUUGUGUCUAGUCAAACAAAAAUUACAGAAUAAUAGAGAAAAAGCGCUUGUUCCAUAUGUAUCAUCUACCAACCAAUUAAAUCAUCAUCUAGAAACUUGUAAUAUCACAUCAUCUGACAUAACAAUUGAAAAACCUGUCGAGUACAAUCAUACGAAAGAUGAAAUAAUAACUGAAACUUUUGUCAAUCAUAACUUACAUUUGCAUAUCUUAAUGUUAGAGGAAAUUUUAAGUCAAUCAACAACUGAAGGUUUAUCUUGUGCAUUAAAAAUAAAACCACAAAAUUGUAAAUUCCUCAUAAACUGUUUAUCGGAUAUUGUUUCUUGUCCUAUAUUAAUUCCAACGGACAUGGUGAAACUAACGCAACAAAUCAUACAAGAAAUUCAUUCAAAAAAAUUUUCUAAUAGUUAUGAGAUUAGUGAAGAAACAUCAACUAAAUUUAUUACUUACUUCAAAAGCUUAUCCAAUAAAUUAAAAGAAAAAUAUAUUAAAUUAGAAAACGGCAAAAUUAUAAAUCCAACUGAAUUCCAAACAGUUGAGAAUGAUGAUUCUGUUGACAGCAUACAUGAUAUUGUAAAUUUGAAUACAGUUUUCGCGGUAGCUGAAAAUAAAAUCCGACCAACAACUUGGUUCGCUAUAAGAUAUCAGAGAGAAGUUACAAAUAAGUUUAUAUCCCUAGAAGGAUGUCUUAUGAACGAGAAAAAUGAUUUGGAAAUACUUCACAAUUCCACAAAUUUUAAUAACUUCAGCGAUCAGAUAAUUUUAUUGACACAUUUAAAUAAAUUAAAAGUAAUCUUUGAAAGCACAAACCAAAGCGAAUUUUGUUUAUUGGAUGCGCAAAAUACAGAAAUGUUAUUGUGUAUGCUAGAAAUCAUUAAAAAUCAAACAGAUAUCAUGGAGGCACUAAAAUUAGAUCAAGAAUUCUUAAGUUUAUUCAAAUUAAAUGUUAUUCAAAGCUGUAUAAAUUCUACCCCAUUUAUAAUCAAUUCGAAAACUAAAUUGAAACUACAAAACAUUCUUGAAAAGUUAUGUUACACUCAGCGUGGUAAUAUCGAAAACAUGAUAUCAGAUUAUUUCAAAGAUUUGUGUUUGUCAAAUGAUAUACAGUUUAGUAGUCGAUCACUAAAUAAUCUGAUUCUUGGCCAAGUAGCUUUACUAGCAUAUUCAAAACAACUAAAUCUAUCAAAUGUUCAUGCUGAUUCAUUAUAUGAAUAUUGUCUGUCCUAUCAAAACUCAGAAAAUAUGGAUGCAUCAUGUGAACAAAUCAUAUCUUUUACCAAUUUUUUAUCAAAUAUUAUCAAUAUUUCUGAUGUCCUUAACCAAGAAAGCCUUACUAAUAAUAAUACACUAUAUUCAAAGCUAGAGAUAUAUAAAGAAUUUUAUAAUCGCAUCAGAACAAGUAAAGUUAUCGUUAAUUCAACAUCAGCAUAUGAGAUUUUGUUCAGAACCAUUGAACUUGAGCAUUUAUCACGGUUAUAUUCAUUUCAAAUACAGUGUAUACCAGAAUCUUUAAAAUGUUCAUUAAUUAGUAUGUUAGCCUUCGGUGAACAAUUUUUCCCAUUUACGCUAAAAGUCGAAGAACAGAUGCACUUAGAUUGUAUUGCAGAACAACUUAAUAAUAUGACAAAUGCGAUAACAAAUACACAUACAGCUGCUGAUCCUAUUGCAUUGAUGACAGCCGAUGAACAUCCCAUCAUAUCUGGAAACACAGAAAAGUGUGAAGCUACAUUAUUAGUACCAAAUGUGAACAGCCAACAUGUAUUAAUGAAUACAAAUGCUUCAUUAGUUUCUAAGGAGAGCACAUUAAAAAUUGCUGAAAGCCACAGUGAUCCUGAAUUUCAUGAUAUACUAUUGAGCAGUGAGCUGAACGUUGCCCAAAAUAAGGAAGAAUUCAUGAUUUCAGCUAUCAGGAAGAUUAUUGACAUAUAUAAUAAUUCAUCCAAAUCUCAUACUUCAGACAUCAUUAAGAAUUCGGAAUUGAAACUCUCUGAGAGCAUUAAAAUGGCCAAUUUAUUUCAUGAAGUUUACUCAAAUGAACAAUUGAUGGAUCAACUGACCACUAAUGAAAUCCAAAAUAUUAAUGAUAUUUACUUUAAACUAACACCGAAUAACUUUAUAUCUCAAAUAGCCAAUACAUCUGAAUUAUUGAAACCAGAAAAUAUGACUAAACAAAAGAUAUUACCUAAUUUGAAAUUGUAUACCUCAGAAACAGAUAGUGAAAUACAAGAUAUAUUAGAUGCUGAUAUCAAAAACUCCGACUACAUAAUUUCUGUUAUGUCAAGUCAGCAAAGUGAAGACUCAGAUGAACAGAUACCAACUGAUAAGUUCUCAACGAAAUCAACUGUAGGAGAACAAGAUAUCGACAUUAAAACUGCUUCAAUACUCAUUUCUACAAUACAAUCGUAUUUAAAACUAAAACCUUUAACGACGAUUCAAAUAAUCCCAUUAUUUUCACUAUUAGAAAAUAUCAAUUCACAGUUAGAAAUAUUAGAUAUACAAGAUGUCUCAUCAUAUCCAACAAUUAAGUUGUCUUCCAGUGAUCUCAAACCACUAGCUACAAUUUCUACCAGUAUUAAAUCUCAAAUCUCACAAGAAACUAUGACAUCAUGUACAGAUUUAUUGAAUUAUAAAAUUCUUUUUGAUAUUAUUUCUUGCAAUACUUCAAUUUGGAAAACAGAAUCUGCUAUUGCCUAUAGUGCCUUACACGGUCUCCUAUCCUCAACCACCACUCCCUCUAAAUCUUGUUCCAAUGAUUUAUGUUUGUCUUUUAUAAAUGAUGAGAAAGUACUUUUUAUAUUAGAACAACGCCUAUUACAUUAUUAUUAUUAUUAUUCAUUAGAGGAAAAACAAUCAUUUAUUCUGACUGACAGUGAAAUAAGGUCAUGUAAAAUUCUUCUUCAAACACAUGAAUUUCAAAUAAAAUCAAGAAUUUUGCAAAAAAUUAAAAAGGCACAACAUUUAGUUAAUCAAUCGAAUGAAUACAAUUGUGAACUUGAUGAAGAAGUAUCAUUUUUUCAGGAUAUUUACUACUUAAUACUUAUAUGCUUGCCGAAUUUAAUUACAGAUAAUGCAGAGUUCUUACAAAUGCUAAUUAACUUACUAGUAAUACAUCGUUUUAUAUGUGAUUCGAAAAAUUUUGCACAUUGUUUGAAAAUUAUUUUUAAUUCUUAUGAUGUUUUAGACAUUUUUGAAAAACAAAGUUGUUUGCAAAAUUUCUUCGAGAUACAGUCUUCCAGUCUUGCAUCAUCCAAACACUAUAUGAUUCUUUUCUCCAAAAUCUUAGAUCGUUUUGUGAAUUCUGGUAUAUUUAAUCGAAGUUUCUCUUCCGUAGAUAUUUCUUUACUAGUAAGUCUACUACAAAGAAUCCAAUCAUAUAUAUCAAGUGAUGUAGAAUUAUCAUUUCAUUUAAAGCACUUAAUCUCUAGAUUACUAUAUGUUUUUGUCACAGAUCAAAAUAUUUUCAUAGAUAAACAUAGUAAAUUGUUAAUAAAUGAUUUAUGUGAACACCUAAAAUCAAUCUCAAUGAUUUUGCAAGAAUAUAUAUCUACUGAAGGUUCUAAAUUCUUAGACAUAAUUAACAAACAAAAUGAGUGUAAUCAGUCAGAUUAUUAUCAACCAAUUGUCAGAUCGCUUGAAACAGUUUUAUUUAAUCCAACGGAAUUAUCAACUGAACCACUGAGAGCUAAGCAAAUAGCCUAUAUAGUGAAAAAUUUAAAUCGUUCUGGAGAUUGGCUAUUGAAACAAUCAUUUAUUGCUCAACCUAUUGGAAACAGCCUAAAUAUUCUUUGUAAUGCUGAUAAACAUGAAAAUACAUCAUUUGCGAAUCUAUCAAUUAUUUUUCAAUGUAUACAAGUAAUGGAAAACCAUCUCAAUAAAAAUAUUAUGGAACCAUCCGUUUCUCAUAUGAUAAAUAAAGAAGAUGCUGCAGCUCUAAGCACAUCGCUUUCAUGGUUUUUAAGUGGAAAUCUAGAUUUCUUGAGUGAUAUUGUUGAUAAUGCUUUAGAAGAAAAUGUUUUUAUCAAUUCACCUGAGUCCUGGACUAAUUUGAUGCUGCUAGAAAUGUGGUAUACCUCCAUAGCUUGCGCUCGACCAUUCUAUCAUAUUUCACAACAAACGCAUUCAAAACUAAUAAAAUUAGCAAAGCUCGAAAUUAAUCGCCUAACUGAAUUUUGGAAACCUCGUUUAGAUUUAUACUCACAAAAACAAAGAACAGUUAUCAUUCAAAAGCUUUCAGUCAGCACAGAGUGUGACUUAACUGCUGAAGUGACUAAUCAAGAGUUGAAGAAUGCAAUCCAAUUAUCAUUGUUGAGUGGGCGAUUGAAUGGACCGAGAAGCGCUUGGAUAUGUGUCAACGUUUUAAAUGAGUUACAAAAUGAAUGUGAACAUGAGUUCGUCAGUAUUUCGAAUUCGGAAAAGGAAGCAUUACGCUACGCUUUAUGUUCAAACACAACAAUCAGUUCCUGUGAGUUAAUUCCAAAUACUGAUAUCAUUGCAUCAGUAGUUUACUUAAACUCUUUUUUAUCUAAAUUAUCUUCAUUACCAUCUUCAGAAAAUCCUGAAUUAUUUCUCAUUCAACCAACUGAUGCAGCUCCUUUAGCCUCCAGCAUACAAAAUAUCUUAAAAUUUAUUCAUCCAGAUGUACAUAAACCACUUGCUCUUCAUUCCCUCAGUGAAAUUGAAUCUUACUUAUGGAUUUCAUCUGCGAAUCUGGAAGCUUCAUGGAUUUCAAAUUUUGAAUCUUGUUUAAUCGAUGAAUAUAAUAAAAAGGCUUUACAAAUAGUAUUCCGAAAUGUUCAAAGUGAAUUAAUUAAUUUACUGAAUGAAUUUGACGAAGAAAAUUUUAUAAAACCAAACUUAAUACAAAUACCUAUUGAACCAAUAAACCGAAAAAAUCUUUCUCAACUAUUAAGAGUUUCUAUAUUAUUAAACCAGUAUCCUGUCAAACAUACAAUAACUAUGCUAAAUCAUUUCCAACAUCUUCAUGAUAUAUCAUGUUCAGUACUACCAGUGCAAACAAUUUCUUAUUUAAGAUAUUUUGUAAGUUGUAUUUUAACAAACAAAUAUAAUAAUCAUUUGCAGAAUAGUUACCAUGAAACUUCAACUGAUAUAACUUCAUUAACAAAUUCAUGUACCAUUGACAGAUUGGAUAGUAGUUUAAUAAACUGCUUUUUAUAUGUAGAUAUUUCUAAUCUAAAUCUGCCUCAAGAUUGUAUGCCAAUUAUACAAGCAAUAUUAAUAUAUUACAAUACAUGUGAAGAACUGGUACAAUUUUUGAAUAUACUGCCAAAACAUUGUCGUCAACAUUUAAUUAGUUAUUUGUUUCAAUUGUUUUGCAUAAAUCUUCAUAAAUAUACUACUAGUUUAUUAAAAGUCAUUAAGAAUGAAGAAGAAUUUGAAGAGCUUGAUAUUAACACUCAUCAAUCAAUUCCAUUGUUGCUUCAUUUUUUAAAACAUCUAAUACCAAAAGAUAUUAAAAAACAAAAUAAACACAAUGAAUUUUUAUCCGUCGCAACUAUGUCCACAGAUGUAAAGUCUCAGUCUCAUAUUUUUGAACAAAGUCUCGAACGAUUGCUUAGUGUCAAUUUAAAUGAUUUGAGUUCAUGUGAUUUAAUACAACUGAUCAUUGAUUCAGAUCAAUUACACCAUAAUUUAACUUUUUCAAAAAUAUUUCAUGAGGAUUUGGAAUACAUACCACAUUUAAAAUAUUAUCUGUGUAGUAGUUUAAUCCGUAAAUUAUGCAGCUAUUCACAUUUAUCGAUUGAAGAAUCUUUCCCUCAGACAAGUCUAAGUAUAUCUUAUGAAGAAAUCUCCAUAAAGUUAAAAAAUAAUAUAAAUAAAAUCUUCAACAAUUUGUCAUUAGAUAACGAUCAAACAAAAAUAUGUUCACUUAACAGUGGUCUAAUCGAAUCAAUCAAUGGGAUGGAUGAAAUCAAAUCUGAUAUCAUUUCUGAUAAUUUGACUAACUUUUCUAGUUGUGAAGAUUUAUUAUAUCCAAUAGAAGAUGUUCGACCUGAAAUAAAUCGUCUAAAUCAUUUGUUGACUAUUAACAGUUUGCAACCAAAUGAAAUGUCUGCAAUUCUCUCAUCCAUAGUUAUUUUACGUGAUGCAUCAAUUCAUUUACCAUCAGAUUUAAAGGAUUAUGCACGCUUCUCAAUGAAAGAAGAAAAUGCUUUAAACAAGUUACAAAUGUUGAUCGAUCAAAAGACAAUUGGUAAACUUGAUAGACAAUUAAAACACACAUUAUUAUUACUGAGUCAACGUUUAGGUCUUCUAGCCAUACAAGCAAAUAAAGAUUUACUACGUACAGGUUUAGAAAUAUGGUUGAAUGCCUCAUUAGAAAAUGAGUUGAUAUUCACUAAGCAACAAACUCAACAAAUCUAUUAUGCUAUGUACUUAGCAGAGCAAAUAAAUAAUCAAGAAUAUACAUUACAAAAUAAUUUUUGCAAUACGUUUGAUUUAGUUGAACAAGUUAUUCUACAGUUAAAACCACUGGUCACUUCUAAAUUUGGUGCUAAAAUCGAAGGUCCUCAUAGCUUAUGUCCAAUCGUUACUCUAUUCCUAGAGCAUGCAUUACAGUUGUUAGAACAUGUAACAUAUUCUUGCAAAGUUUCAACAAAUGGAAUUCCAGACAAUUCGUUUGAUAAGCAGCAUUCUACAGCUGAAAACUUAUGGAACUUAAUUAGUCGUCAGUCACCAGAAAUUAUCGAAGAUGAGUUAAGUAGUCCCAUCCAAACUCUGUUAAAUGAUAGCUUUGAAGAUCAAACUGAUGCGGCAAAAUUUUCCAAACAAACUAAUAACAAACCUUCUCAGAGACUAAAAAGACAUCCUAAAAUUGAUGAAUGUAAUACACCUGAAAUUAGACAAUGUUAUAACAGUAGUCUGAAUUACGGUAAAAAUGACUAUUUCCAGCUAAACAAUCACGUUUUAUUUAACAAUUCACUGUCACUACUUGCUUUAUACGAUGAAGAAAAAAGACGUUUGUUGAGUUGGGAAGAAAUGACUGAAACACGUCUGCGCAAAGCAUGUGAAAGAGUUGAAAAUUUAUUGAGAGUAAUCCCUGAACAUAUUCAUCUACAGGACAAUCCUGACCAUACAGUCACACAACUUAAAGAAGAAAUAGUACUGUUAAAAGGUCAAUUACACACUAUGAUGAAACAGAAAAUACUAAAAAGAGAUUAUCUUAUUCAUUCAAAUAGAAGCAGUUCAGUUUUAAAUAAAAAUGAACAAGGUGAAUACUUGUUCGACAGUUCACUGUAUACUCAAGAAAAUCAAUUCGAUCUCCAAGAAAAACUUAAUUUCGACUAUAUUCAACUGUCAGAACGUGAUAGCCGCAGAAAAAAAGCAUCAUUGAAUUGCAGAUUGUCAUCCAGUACGUGUUCACUGAAAACUUUUCAGUCCCUAAGCAAACGUAUCUAUCAGAGUCAUUUGGUUUCAUGUAAACCCGUAACGCCGGAUUACGUUUGUACAUCACCACCAAAUAUUGAUAAGAGGAUUUUACAAAAUUCAUUUGAUCGAUUACAUGAACUUAUUGAAAUUCGUCGAGCUGUUGUCGCUGGAUCUCGAGAAGAAUUACGUAGAUUAGGAAUACAUUCUAGUCUGUCAGCAGCUUGUUGUAAGCCAUUUGCAUUAACUCGUCCACGGGACAACAGAUCAUUUAUUUUACCGAGCACUAGCAGUCAUGUGGAAUGGUUAUCAAGUAGUCAGCAAAAUAUUAAUAGGAAACGCAUUUAUACUACUCAUCUUUUUCGAUCUGCGGAUGAGUAUUCGAGAAGUAAUCAAGUUAUAGAGGACUUGGAAAACAAGUUAGGACAACUUGAAGAACAAAUACUACCUCACAGAUCAAAUGGUUCAGUUGUACAUUCAAUCAUGGCUAGUGGUCUGAUUACUUUAAUAGCAGAAAACCAAAGUUUCCAAGUACCUCGUGAUGUGCUAACUAAAUCUAGUUUGUAUUUUUCUGCUGCUUUUGAGAGCGGAAUGACUGAAAGUAAAACUAGCCAGUUUAGUUUUCCUAAUUUCACUGCUCACCAGUUAGCUAUGGUUGUGCAAUUUUUACGACCAGAAUUAACUACUCGGAGUGAUGCUUUAAACAACCACACCAACAUUUUAAACAACUCCUGUCCAGAGAUAUUGAAAAUUUUGGAAGCUUUGGAUCUGGCUGAUGCAGCAGAUUACUUUCAAAUGCCCAAACUUAUUCAAACUUGUGUGCAGAGAAUAUCUCAUAUCAUGAACGAGUUAUUUCAACCUAAAUCCAUUCAACUUCAUGAAUCACAUAACUGUGAUAUAUUUUCAAUAAUAUUAAAAGAGUUUGCGAAAGUGUUCCAUCGUGAAAAUUGUUGUGUUAAUAAAUUAUUCUCUGAAUACACUCUCAGAUAUCCUCAUUUUAUCCUCAGACCCUGCCUUUCAGAUCCAAACUUACAGCAUCUUCUGAUCAAUCUGGUUAUCAGUUAUUUGUCGAAAAGUGUCUUAUGCAUACCAGACGAAGAUAUAGUUUUAAAUAUUGUUCUUAGCUGGUUACGGAUAUUGAAACCAACCCAAUUCUAUACAGAAAAUACCGUCCAGUGCUUUUUGCAAUGCGUUCGUCCAGGCCUCCUUUCACUAGAUGGUCAAGUAAAGCUAUUAGACUAUUGGCGCAAACAACAUCCUGAGUUAAGGUGGUUUGGAAAGCUGACAUGUGAAGAUAUGGAGGUGUUUUUUAAAACUAUUCCAAAUGGAGGGAUUUUUUACAAAUCUCCGUUAGCUUCUCAACUCCAGGUUUUGUUACUAAAGCCUAGAGCUGAAUCUCUGUGUUUACUUGGGUUAGCUCCUAGUCGUUCUAGCAACUCAUUAGAAUUUUGGCUUUUCAAUCUUCACAAUGGAGCAUAUCAUAACUAUCCUAUACUUGAUAAUUGCCUACGUGAACUCGGCCUGGACUCUUCUGGUGUUGGCGACAUAGAUCAUCGUAUUUACUUUUGCCCAGUAACAUACGGACCUAGUUCUUAUCAAAGUAAUUUGUUCGUUAUGUGUUUCGAUCCAAACAAUGCAAGGCUAAGCGGCUUCGCUUGGUGUCUGGCUUCUUGUCGUGCGAAACUCAUCCCUCGUUUGCUUCUUUCUCCCACAAACAACAGAAACAGCAGUGUCAAUCCCUUCUGCUCCCGAUCCAGACGUAUUGGUCUAACUACACUGUCCAAUGGUCUGUACAUGUAUUAUCUGUCUUCUAUACAAGAGGUUACAUGGUUGUGUGCAUUUCGGUUUGAUCUGAGUUCUUGGAACUGGUAUGGUAUGGAACCUUAUUGUUUGUCUAGGAGCCAGAACGGAAUUGUGCUAUUUACACCGAUUGAACAGUUGAAUCCCAUCCCACCUGAUGACUGGGUAUAUGCUAAUAUUGAGACAGUUUCUUCUUCAAAUAAUUCCAGACAUCCACGUCAUGGACUCCAUCAAACUUCGUCGCUUCGAUCACAGUUUUUUCGAUUUCGUCCGCGAUCUGACAAAAAUGCCCUAAUUGUUGAGAAUUUGCCUAAUCCACCCUUCCUCAUCAGAAUGUACCGUUUAUUGGCUAUCAGUUGUUCUGUAGAAAGUAACUUUAGUGAUUAUCUAGAUUCUCUCCACUAAUGUAUGGGCCUUCAAAAUAUUGCUAGAUGAUAGCUUUCACCCUACAAAAAAUAGGUUCAAAUACAUUUUACGGUUAUUUGUCUUCCUUUCUGUUGUGCUGUUAUCGACCUUCAACAUUAGUUUUCCUGUGAGAUGCUUUCAUUCAUGUACACAUUCAUUUUAGGUUUUUAAAGCUGCUACUGAAUAGAUUAUGUAAGAUUAUAUACUUAAUUGUUACACAAAUUACCCAUAAUUCAUUGGUAAGUCGUUAUCUGACGACAUAUAUGCACUCCAUAGUACUGAUAUGAUUUGUUUUCUAAGCAGAAGUUAAUGAAACAUUAUCACAGAAUGCUGCCAAUUUAAACGCAUUAGUAACUUCUGGGAGCUGCCUCAGUUCAUGCAGACCACUAAUUACAGUUUUACCUAACGAUAUACGGAGGGACUUUAAACACUUGGCUAUUGUUUUAGAAAAUUUGACCAUACUUUUCCUACAUCAAUGACCAAUUAAUACCAAUCUAUUUCAAAUAGCAGAAAUCCAGAUGCGAUUCCUUCUGCAGUUCGAACCCCACACCCGCUAAAAUAAGCAAGAUUUUGAUCGGGUAUCUGAUGCAUCUUUCUGAAAAUUUAUAUCAAAUGGAAUUUUCCAUUACUUUUAAUAAUGU